AUGGGCGAAAGUGAUAAUAAGGCUUAUGAUCUUGAGAAGAAGGCCUUUGCUAUCCUUACUCAAGCAUUUCAUAAGGAUAGUUAUCAUCAAUUCGCGUAUUGUACCACUACAAAGAAUUUGUGGGAUGUCUUAGAAGCUAGAAGGGAAGGAAAUGCAGCAACAAGAAAGAUCCGUCAUGAUCUUUUAAAGAAGGAGUUUGAAGGAUUCUUGUUCAUGGAAAAUGAAACACUAAAUGACAUGGCUACUCGGUUCUAUCAUUUGCUUAGUGAGAUGCACUCAUUCAGGGUUAACGCAUCACAACAGGAGAUUGCCAUGCGUUUUGCUGAUGCUUUACCACCUAAGUGGAGUCAAUUCAUUGAGUUGCUAAAGCAUGCCAGUGUUUUAGAUGGGCUUAGUAUUUAUGAAUUCGUUCAAAAACUUGAGAACAAGUAUGAAGAAAAAAUUCGAAAGGAAAAACGAAUUCUAGUUCCACAAAACCCUGAGAUGUACUUUGGAGACAAGGAUGAGAUGGAGCUGAUGGAUAUAAAAUGGGCGUUUGCAAGUGCGGUGAGAAGAGCAAAGGAUUACACGAGAAGAACUGGGAGAACAAGUUUGGAGAGUAAACGGGAUACUAAGUAUGGUUUUGAUAAGGAUGUCGUUAAAAGCUUCAACUGUGGUGAGAAAGUUAACAACCCAAGCAACUCAAACCAGUCUGGGCCUUCAAACUUAAACAGAGCCUUAGUAGUUCAUGCAGAUGAUGGAUGUGAUUGGUCAGUUCAACUGGGAAAUGGAGGAUAUGGAGGAACUGCUUGUUAUGCUAAGAUCAUCAAUCACAUCAAACAUGUCCACAGAGAGGAAUUUUCUGAAGAUGAUGAUAGUUCUGGGUAUAGCGGUAGUUCUGAUGAGGAAAGCUCAAGUGCGGGUGAUUAUGGUUCGAAUUCGGAUGUAAAGAAAGGAAUUGAUGUUGAGGUUGGCAGUUUGCUAAAAGAAGCUGAGGAGCUAAAAAGCCAAAAAUUUAUGUUGAUAAGGAAAGCUGAAGUUGCAUCCAAGGAAAUGGAAAAGUUUUUCAUCGAGGAUGGAUCUUCUUCUUAUCAAGCCGCCUUUAUGGAUAUUGUUGGGGCUCCGACAAGUCAGGUACAAACCGACACUCCUAGUAUAUGUAAUGAUUGUGCAGAUUUAAAACAUAAGCUUCAAACAGUUAUGAGUCACAAUAAGGGUUGGUAG